AUGUCUAUAUCAGACACAAUCAAGAGAAUAAUUCAAGCAUCCCUGGCUGCAUUCGAUGAGGCAAAUGUGUAUGAUGAUAUAAUUUCUUAUGUCCUGCAAAAACAUGGGUUGGAACUGAGCUUCAUUUCUGAUCCGGACGUGCGAUACAAUGUUAUGAACCAAAGAGCUGCUACUGCUCUUGAAGAACUUGGGAUCGUUGACGAUUUGGUGAACGUUAUGAAGGGAGUGGGGCUGUCGGACCUUCUGAGCAAUCUGCAAGAUGAGAAGAACAAAUUACAACAGAAGCAAGCGGAACUUUCGGACCAAUUGAGUACACUGACGAAAGACUUGAUCGAUCUGCAGAUAUCUGCUUUUGGACAGCUGGAAUUCAAAGUUGAUCCCUCGCCGCCUAAUUUUCCUCUUCCUCCAAAACGACCUGAGGAUGUCGUUUCGGACCUACCUUCUGAACCUCCGAUUGCAGCCUUGAUUAAAUCGUGGCGUUCAGUUCAGCCAAAUGAGCUCAUCCUUGGAAUUCGUGGGUCGGUUGGGCAGGUUGUACUUGUCCGGCUCUCCGAAGGGGUUUGGUCCCUCGGUGUGAUUGCUCAGCUGCUUUACAGAGAAGAGCCUCUUUCCUUAAUCGAUUUAAACCAGCAUGUCAAUAAUGGCGGCUCGAAAAUCUCUUCUGAACGCUACCGUCCAGAUGCGAAGUCGGAGGGGAGCAUCCGUUAUUUGGUGAAUGUGGAAUAUCCACCUCAACGACAGUUUUGUGAUGUUCUUGAUCAGUCUAAGGUCGCACUGUCCUUAUCCUCUGAAGCUUUGAUGCAAAAGUAUCCUGUCGCUCUUUACCAAGAUGCUAACGGCGUUUCUGCAUACUAUUCUGGGAUUGUUGGUGAGCCGCCAAAUUCUUACAACAAUUAUCGAUAUCUUAUAUUUUUUGACGACGGUUAUGCCUACUACGCACAGUCGGACUGCAUUUUCAGGGUAUUCGCCCAAUCUAAGGAAAAUUGGCGAUUGGUUAAUCCCGAAAUACAGGAAUUUAUCAAACGCUAUUUGGCUCAGUUCCCUCAGCGGCCGAUGGUGAAAUUGAGCGUGGACCAGACGAUUCAGGCUGAAUUAAAUGGAAAUUGGUUGCAGGCGACGGUCGUUCAGGUGGACUACAGUCUCGUUCUCCUGCGGUUUCCGAGUGGAAAUGUAGAAUGGAUUUAUCGUGGAUCAAAGCGUCUGGGCCCGCUGUCUAACAAGCCUGCUUCCUAUCUUAUCAAGCAAUUGUGUCGGUCGUGGUGA